GCGACAGCUGCUCCAAAUCUCAGGUACCCAAACAUGAACACGGGCCCUGUCUGCCGCCUCCCCGUCGUGGCUCUGCGCAUGCGCAGUGCGCUCUGAUCUGAGAGGUAGAGAAGGGGCUCGAUCCUCCGCACAGUGACAACAAGCAGCGGGGGAACGAAACCGGAAAAAAUCGGCGAGUAACAACGAAUCCACCGUCCGUAAAUACAGCGGGAAACACCGGACACACACCGGGAAUACACCGUGCACACAGCGGAGAGGAGGCGACCGGAGAGCGGAGACAGGCGGGGGUCUGUGGCCCAGGAGCUCGGCUGUCUGUCCGCCUGCACACGACAGUUUGGAUGUAACGGCGGGUGAGAGGACGCCAUGAUGUCCCCGCAGUGGACCCGUGUCCCCCUCCCUCUGGCCCUGGUCCUGGUCCUGUCCGGCCCGGCGUGGGCGGCGCGCUCCGACAGGACCAUGGUGUCGGAGGAGUACGUGGGCGCCACGGUGAACGCCACGGUGCUGGACGCCCGCGGCAACCCCGUGCACCUGAUGAGCAGCGAGGACGGCACCUACGGACAAGACUCCCCCAAGGUCGACACCCGGACCGCCAGGGUCAUCGCCCCGGCAACGCACCACGGAGUGGUGGACCGGCAAGGCUGCGACCCCUCGACCCGGUUCCUGCCCCCCCCCCGGGGCCCCUGGGUGGCCCUGCUGCAGAGAGGAAACUGCACCUUUAAGGAGAAGAUCCUAAAGGCCGCCGCCUACAACGCUACCGCCGUGCUGAUCUACAACAACUCCACGGACAAGACCGUCCGCAUGGGCCACGAAGCUACUAACAGGCUAAUAUACAGGCUAAUAUACAGGCUGCUAACGUCUCCUCGGCCUGGCUCGUCUUCUACUUCAUCCAGAAGCUACAGCAGUGCCCGCGACCGCAGCCAGCGUCGACUUGGCGACGCAGCGAAGAAAGCCAUCGGGAAGUUAACAACAAGGACGGUGAAGAAAGGAGACAAGGAGACAGAUCCAGACUUUAACCACUGUGCUGUGUGUAUUGAAGCGUACCAGCUGAACGACGUGGUCCGCAUCCUGCCCUGCAAACAUGUCUUCCAUAAGGUGUGUGUGGACCCCUGGCUGAACGAGCACUGCACCUGUCCGAUGUGCAAACUCAACAUCCUGAAAGCUCUCGGCAUCGUGACCAGUGUCCCCUGUGUAGACAGUGUGGUGUUGGACGUGGACCGUCUGGGCGUCAGUGUGGCGUCCGGCAGCCAUAGGGCACCGCCGGGCGACAGCAGCCAGCCGUCCAUCAGCCUGGAGCCACUCAGCCCCCCCCACCCCGAGGCCCCGUCCAGAACUCCCGCUGACAUCACCAUCGCCGUGACCAGCGGCCACUUCUUCAGCAGGAACUCUUCGUCCCCCCGCUCCCUGGUCUGUGAGAUGGAGCUGCCGGACAUUGAGGCUGAGGUCGGUCGCUACGACGACAACAAGUCCUGAGAGGGGUCGCCAUGGUUACCACCCCUCCUCUCCCACACCAUGGACUGAUAAUAUUUGUUGUUGGGGGGCGGGGGAGUAAUAAAAACAACCAGACAAACCUUU